AUGACUAAUCAUCCAACUCCAGCACAAAUUGAAACCUUAGUUGAAUUUUUGGAACAAAACGUCGGAAUUGCGAAAGGUCUGCUACGGACAAAUCAAGCAAAAAUGGAAAUAAAGAGACAAUGGGCAUCUGUAGCUAUAACUUUAAAUUCAUUGGGAGGAGCAAACAAAAAUGGGCAAGGUUGGGCUAAAGAACAUCAAAUGACACAAUCAGUCCCUGUGGCUUCACCAGCAGAAAAUGUAAAUUUAGGUUUAGAAAAUCAAGCAGCGGUGAUAGGAAGUUGUACUUCCCCUAUUCCUGGCACCUCCCAGGAUACACUACAAAUCACCUCCGCGUAA